AUGCUUCGACGUCCUGCCGGGAAAGGCCUAGGGUCUUUGAGGUUCCCAUCCCUCGCAUAUCGGAGACCCAGCUUGACAUACCCAUGCACCGCCCUCCCCCGAUACCAGAGUGACUGGAAGUCCGAUAAACUCGAGCCCUUCGAUAGGCAAAAUUCCCAACCACGAGAUAAGAGAUGGCGACGAAUAGCUGAUGAUGAUGCGAAAGUCACGCUGGAUGUUGACUCGCUUGGAAAACCUGGAGAAAUCUUUGUCGUCUCUGGGCCUCGUCGUCCCCAUCGCCGCAACGGCCGAGCCCUCAACCUCGAACCUCAACCCGAAAUUCAGUCACACGAUACGAUUAGCUCCAUCCUAGAUGGCCUUGAUGGCGAAUCUUCGCCCCCAAGUGAUACCUUGAUCAACGAAAGUAUCAAUGCGAUUCGUGGGAAGUACCCCGUGAAGGAGACGCUGCCGACUAGUGAAUUCCGGGGAAUGCUGUCUAAAUUGAAGUCGUCCUUCUCUACGAAACAGCUAUUGGAUUACAUAUCGAAACAUAAGCGAGAUUCUGGCGCGCUCGAAGAGAGUCCCUGGACGUGGGUUUCUAUACCCAAGAACAAACAAUCCAAGCGAGUAGAGAGAAGCCCACAGGGCAAGCCUCGUCUUGCAGAAGCCAUCGUGCGACAUUGCUGGCAGAUGGCCAUUGAGGGAGAGGUUGGUCGACUAGACUUCCCCCUCUCGGCCCAGUCUAUGGCUUUACUUGUCCAUGCCAAGCACUUCUCAUUCCACGAGCUCUCUAAUCUACAUGGCUGCGGUAUUGAUCUGACGCGAUCUGCGGGUCUCGUAUCGGUAACCGGCAAACAAAAAGAUUGCGAAGCUGUUGUUGAAAUCAUUCUCGACGCAGCUGCCAGAGCCCGUGAAGAGGAUGUCGGAAUAAAGACUCACAUCAACGAUGAUGGGAACCAAAUAUUCACCCCGGACUUUUUGGAAUGGGUUAACACCACAUAUGGAGUUCUUGUUGAGCACCAGCCCAACGGGCCUCCGGCCAAAAUCCUUUACCUCGCCGAGAAUAAGAUGGGCGCCGACAAUGCUCGCCGAACAUUGAAUCUGGCGCUUUCCAACACAACCUCAUCAUCAACUCCUUUCUCUACCUACCUACCUGCUUCGGAACUCGCCACUGUGUAUAGCUACAAACCCGAAGCACAUGCCUCAUGGUUUGAGCGGCAAAAAUCAUGGUUCCGGUGGGCUAUGUCCUCUAAUCAGAACGAAGAAGCGGAAUCUCUCGACACUCCUUUCUUUGACAAACAUCACACUCGACUUUCGGAUGAGCUAUUGAAACUCCUUCAAAGUUUCCCUGCCUCGAAAGUCAGCCCGGCGAAUCAUUUGCAUGAGUCUGUCACAGCGACAUUCGGAAAAUCCCUAUUUAUGCAAAAGUCGUCCUUCGACGAUGCGUCUACUAUGAGUCCGGCUCAACUAGGGAAAUUGUCCCUUCCAAGAGUCUUUACAAAAGAUGGCCCGCCUGUGACUCAACUCAUGAAUGCACUUUGGCCUGAUCUUCCCAGAAAGGACGCUGAAACAUAUCGAUUGCGAUUGAUCCCGACAUUCAAUGCACAUAAUCUGCCUGAACUAGAGAUUGAGGUAGCCAUAGAAUCCCAAUUGGACGGUGAAGUCGCCAUUGAAAGUGUCAAGGCUAUUCAAAGCACCAACAGUGUCGACUAUUUGCUCCCGGAGAACAGCUUGGACUUACGCUUUACACGCACAAUUUCUCAAGAACUUUGGAAAGAGCCUCUUCCUGAAGCACAGGACGUGGAAUAUGCCCCUCGCAAGGCUCGUGUUGCACCGGAUGUCGAGGAAAUGCUUCAAAGCAUCAAGCGGCCUCUCCAGGGUCUCUUUUCCGAGACCCUAUCUUCGAGCAAAAAUGCCCCGCUGCCUACGUUCUGUCAAAUCUCUCUACCCGUGGAAUUCGCUCAGCAAUUCGGCCUCCAAGGCGACCCGAAGAACGCCAGUGGCACAAGCCCAGAGCAAAAUGUCUCCGUGGAAUACAUGUUCCUUCCACUGAGUGACAUUCGAGGAGCGAUUGUUCAAAAGUACGACUUUGAUGGGCGACCGCUCCACUACCAGCAUUACGACAGCGGCCCAUUCCUUGCCUCUCGCGCAAACGAAGUCUCACUGCUCAUGCCUCUUUCGUCAAGUACUAGCACAGUCGCAGAGGCUGAUGACUCCCAGGAGGCUCUCGAUCAGCAAUUCCAUGAGUUUUACAAUACUGCAUGUGAUAUCGCAUUCAAAGUCCAUGCGAGCAGAUAUGCGGAGUAG